UGUGUGCUUGCUUGUGCAUACAUCAUGCGGCAAGAUAUUUCACCUCAUUACAUACCCCAAUAUGAUUAUCAGAAAUUUUCAAUUCUAAUUUAAUUUAAAAGUCUCAUUUGGGUUGCAACGGAUUGUGCCUAAUUCACUUGUGUCAGCAAAUAUAGUAAUAUUAAAAAAGAAAAUAUCCUGACUAUUUAGUAUUUUCUUAUAGCCUGGAUUUCCAAGGGUCAUGUGACGCUGAGGCGGGGCAGUUCAUUUUGAGUUGCUCGGCGGAAAUUCAUCCUCUCCAAUCCUAAACGGAGACGUAAACAGUGAUCGGGGUGAUGACCAAUCAGCACGCAGUAUACGUCACAGAGCGGGGAAUAAAUUCAGCGCGAAGACGUCUUUCCACAUUUCUUCUGACUGAAGAGUACCAAUCUCUACGAUGGCCAGAACCAAGCAGACCGCUCGUAAAUCCACUGGUGGAAAAGCCCCCAGGAAGCAGCUCGCAACCAAGGCUGCCCGUAAAAGCGCCCCGGCCACCGGCGGUGUGAAGAAGCCUCACCGCUACAGGCCCGGGACCGUCGCUCUGAGGGAGAUCCGUCGCUACCAGAAGUCCACCGAGCUGCUCAUCCGCAAACUGCCCUUCCAGCGCCUGGUGAGAGAGAUCGCUCAGGACUUCAAAACCGACCUGCGCUUCCAGAGCUCCGCCGUCAUGGCUCUCCAGGAGGCCAGCGAGGCUUACCUGGUCGGUCUGUUCGAGGACACCAACCUGUGCGCCAUCCACGCCAAGAGAGUCACCAUCAUGCCCAAAGACAUCCAGCUGGCCCGCCGCAUCCGCGGAGAGCGCGCUUAAGCCCAUGUGAGAAGACCCCAAAACGGCUCUUUUAAGAGCCACCUCAGUGUUUCAUGAGAAAAGCGAUUACCCUGUUAGAUGCAAUUAAGUCUCAUCAUGAUAUUGGGCUAUACAAAUAAAAUUGACGUGACUUUCUGCAAGUACAUCAGGCAGGUAGAGGAGGGAUUUACACGAGAGCCGAGUAAUGUCCUGAGACGAAAUUAAGGUGACUACAUCGACACCACCAUGAACUCGUUCUGCCAAUAUUUUAUGGGAUGGACGGAUGCAUAUUUCCAAGGAGAAUCCCCAUUAAUCCUCUAAUUUACCUGUAACCUUUUUUCUUUAUGGUGCACGGUUCACAACUUCAUGGGGUAGUAACACGUACGGCUCAAGAUUAGGAUAUUUUAUCAACCCAACAAUAUGCACGGUGGCCCAAAAUGUCCCAUAAAUUAUCAUCCUGUAUAGGAAUUGAGCCCAUUUGUGCCAAUUAGAUGGGAGAAGAAUCAAACCUAGACAGUUUGAGAUUAGUGGGGAUUCGAUUCUAUAAAAAAAAGUGUGGAGGGGAAAAAAACAUGCAUUUCUGAUAGAGGAAAUGUCCUUCAGUGUCGUGAGUCCAAGCUGCUAAUUAGCCGAAAGGUUAGGGGCCGUGUGUCUAUCGGCUACUUCUAAGUCGGAGGAUUCAAGGGCAGUGUUUCACAGAAAUUAUGCGUUUUUAGGAAAGAUGUUUAAAACAUUUGGUUCAGCAUCAAACAGGUCCAGGUCAAGUUAUGGGACAACAUGCUAAUUUUGAACUUUUAUUUGGGGUAUCUAUACUUUUAAUGAUUUUUGAUUGUUUUUAUUGGUUUUGUUUCAUAUAUUAUUGUAAAUAAAGUUAGUAUUUUUUCUAAUUUGAACUUGCUUACA